UCUGGCUGAGCAGAACAUAUUUCUCAGCUUCGCUUGUUCCCAUCGGCGUAUUAUUGUCGGAGCACCUCACUUUCGUUCGAUCUGUCAAAAAGCUGAGACUGGUAUCAGAUUUCCUGAACCUCAUCUCUGCAAUGGAGUUUGCAGAGCUGAUAAAAACUCCACGGGUGGACGGGGUGGUCCUUCACCGCCCCUUCCUGCCCACAGUGGAGGGGACCUUGUGUCUGACAGGGCACCACAUUAUCCUGUCCUCCAGACAGGACAACACAGAGGAGCUGUGGCUACUGCACUCCAACAUCGACUCCAUUGAGAAAAGGUUUGUAGGCUCUCUGGGCACCAUAAUAGUGAAGUGCAAAGACCUGAGGGUGAUCCAGCUGGAUGUCCCUGGGAUGGAGGAGUGCCUCAACAUUGCCAGCUCCAUUGAGGCUCUGUCUACAUUGGACUCUGUUUCCCUGAUGUACCCAUUCUUCUACCGGCCCAUGUUUGAGGUCGUAGAGGAUGGCUGGAAGUCCUUCCUGCCAGAGGAUGCUUUUAAAGACCUGGAGUCCAUGACAGAUGAGUGGAGACUGAGUGAGGUCAACAAGGACUUCAGGACGUGCCCCUCCUACCCUCCUCUGGUCGCCGUGCCCAAAGACAUAGAUGACGACACCCUGAGGAAGGUGGCCACCUUCCGCCAUGGAGGACGCUUCCCUGUCCUCAGCUACUAUCACAAGAAGAAUGGCAUGGUUAUGAUGAGAUCGGGCCAGCCCCUGACGGGCACCAACGGGCGUCGCUGCAAGGAGGACGAGAAGCUCAUCAAUGCCACGCUGAGGGCGGGCAAGCGUGGCUACAUCAUCGACACUCGCACCAUCAAUGUGGCGCAGCAGGCCAAGGCGCGUGGGGGCGGGUUUGAGUCAGAGGCCAACUACCCCCAAUGGCGGAGGAUCCACAAGGCCAUAGAGAGGUCCAGCGUCCUGCAAGAGAGCCUGAUCAAGCUGGUGGAGGCCUGCAACGACCAGUCCCACAGCAUGGACCGCUGGCUCAGUAAGCUGGAGGCCUCCAACUGGCAGAGCCAUGUCAAGGAGAUCCUCACCACCGCGUGCCUGGCCGCUCAGUGCAUUGACAGGGAGGGGGCAUCGGUGCUUGUCCACGGUACAGAGGGGACAGACACCACCCUGCAGGUGUCCUCUCUGGCCCAGAUCAUCCUGGACCCGGCCUGCAGGACCAUCCGGGGCUUCCAGGCUCUGGUGGAGAGGGAGUGGCUGCAGGCCGGUCACCCUUUCCAGCAGCGCUGUGCCCAGUCAGCUUACUCUAACAACAAGCCCCGCUGGGAGGCCCCUGUCUUCCUGCUCUUCCUGGACUGUGUGGGCCAGAUCCUCAACCAGUUCCCGUGCUCGUUCCAGUUCAAUCAGAACUUCCUGGUUCUGCUUUUCGAACACGCCUACGCCUCCCAGUUUGGCACCUUCCUGGGCCACAGCGCCGCCGAGAGGGCUAAGCUGGGCCUGCCUGAAAAGACAGUGUCUCUGUGGUCGUGGGUGAACUGUCCCCAGGAGCUGGAGCGUCUGUCCAACCCCCUGUACGAGCCCAACAGCCUGGUCAUCUGGCCCUCAGUGGCCCCCCAGAGCCUGCAGCUGUGGGAGGGGGUGUUCCUGCGCUGGAACCGUUCGUCCAAGUGCCUGGAUGAAGCCUACGAUGAGAUGGUGCACAUCAUCGAGUACAACAAGGAGCUGCAGAGCAGAGUCAACAGCCUGCGCAGACAGCUGGCCCAGCUGGAGACGGAGGACCCUCUACUGCAGACACCCUAGAGAGGAG